UAUAGGGAGAUCCCAAAGUAUGGAGCAAAUUAGGAGUUUGUACCGUUUGGUAGCGACGGUGACGUGCUUGAUGUGUUUAGUGAUUAGUGGUGUGAUGUGUUCCGAGUUUGAUCCCUUGAUCAAGACUUACGUUUCAUCAUCGCCACAGAUGUCGAAUGACAACUUGGUCUAUUCCGGUGCUACGCUUCCAAGAAGUACUGAAUCGGAAUGGGAUUCACUUGUGAUCAAAUCCAAACUACCAGUAAUGGUUAUGUUCGUAGCCCAUUGGUGCGGACCAUGUCGUGUGAGUAUCCCCAUACUGAACAAAUUUGCCUGGCAAUAUAAGAAUAAGUUCAAAUUCGACACAGUCGACAUAGACAGUCAGGUAGGGAUCUCAUCACGUUAUCACAUAACGCGUCUCCCGACCACUAUUGUCUUUAAAGGCGGAGUCCAAGUGGCUAGAGUCACCCAAUUUAGUGAAUAUAUGUUGGAUGAACUCGUCAAAAAGUACAUGUGAUAUGAUAUCCCUUGGACCUUGGCUCGUCCAGUUAUCUGUAUUUGUUGUUGUUGCUUCCUUUCUCAAACCUUUGCUUUACUAUGUUGUGUUCAGUGUUGUUUGUCUCCUUUAUUACCACUUGUCAAGUUUAAGCCACAAAUCUGGGUGCAUCAUAAGAGCUCAUUCUAAUAAACCACUGUUUGUAAAUGGUAAA